AAGAGAGAGAGAGAGAGAGAGAGAGAGAGAGAGAUGGCUUUGAGAUUGACGGAUAAAUUAAACGAUGACGAACCAGACUGCGACGAUAAUGAUUUUUAUUGUGGUCACAAGCUGAUGUACGAUCGAGAUACUCCAGGCUAUUUCCCCCCUAACCUUGAAGAUUGCAUACCUUUGGUCGACCUGGCUAUUGAUUCCUAUAACCAGCAACACUCCAAAGAUUACCGUGUGGUGGAGAUUGUGAGAAUAAUUGCAGCUGUUUGUUCCGGUAUUGAUCUCUAUAUGAAAUUUACGGCCGCCGCAUCCAAGGAGGAUGGUGGCAGUGACGCCGCCGUAACUUUCGGAGCAGAGGUUCACAAAGGAAUUACGGAAACAACCGUAGAAUAUGUUUACGUUGUUGCUGAAGGUGCAACUUUACCUGUUGAUGUCUUACCUGCCUGCUAUAAUCCCUGUGGUUGAAGGUAAUUAAUUA